UUCCCUUGUACGUGCUCUUACUUAGCUACAGCGACCUUUCUUUAAUGGCAUGGGGCCAACACAAACGGUCCAUCGAAUACAGGUGGCAGGUGGCGCUCCUGAUCUGACGGAUCCGGCCCCCCUACACCGCCCACCGACCACGACGCUACUCAGAGUUGACCUGACCGCCCGAAAUGGCCGGCGGCGACCUGCGCAGCCUCGCCGCUGUAGCGACCGCGGUGACCGCGUGCAUGGGCUACGUGCGUUUCGCCACGCGCCGCCUCUGCCCGGGGCUGCCCCGCCUUGCCGCGUUCCUCCCGGUGCUCGCCGUCCUCCCCUUCCUCCCGCUCGCCUUCCGCGCGCUCCACCCGCGCUCCAUCUCCGGGUUCUUCCUCGUCUGGGUCGCCGAGUUCAAGCUCCUCCUCCUCGCCUCCGACCAGGGGCCGCUCCACCCGUCCCUACCGAUCCCGUCCUUUGUCGCCGUCGCCACUUUCCCCGUCACGCUCCGGGAUCCCAACCGCAACCCCAAGAGCGCCCCGAGAUCGGGUCUCGGCCUCGUCGCCUCCGCCGUCAUGGCCGCGCUGCUCGCGGUCAUCGUAUCGCUGUACCGGUACAAGGAGCGCAUGAACGAGUACGUCCUGCUCACGCUGUACUCCCUGCACAUGUACCUCAUGCUUGAGCUCGUCCUGGCGGCGGCCGCGGCGGCGGCGCGCGCGCUGCUGGGCGUCGACCUGGAGCCGCAGUUCGACCGGCCGUACCUCUCGGCGUCGCUCCGGGACUUCUGGGGCCGUCGGUGGAACCUCUCGGUGUCGGCCCUGCUCCGCCAGUGCGUGCACCACCCCGUGCGCGCGCGCCUCGGCGGCGGACCCCUCGGCGCCGCAGCGGGGAUGCUCGCGGCGUUCGUCGUGUCCGGCCUCAUGCACGAGGUGAUGUUCUCCUACGUCACGCUGCGGCCGCCCACUGGGGAGGCGACGGCGUUCUUCGCGCUGCACGGGGCGUGCGCGGUGGCGGAGGGGUGGUGGGCCGCGCACAGAGGGUGGCCGCGCCCGCCGCGCGUCGUGGCAACGCCGCUGACGCUGGCGUUCGUGCUCGCCACGGGGUUCUGUCUGUUCUUCCCGCCGAUCACGAGGCCUGGCGCCGACAAGCAGGUGGUCGCGGAGUGCGAGGCGAUGGUCGCAUUCGUGCGGGACGCCGCAGGCUGGGCGGUCGGCUCCGCCCGGUCAGUCUUGUCCGGCCGCUCGUAGACUGGACGGGCGCGUCACGCGCGAACGAGCCCGACUCCGUCGGCGUCCAACGCACUCGUCACCACGAUGGACCGCAGGUACGACCCGGCUCUGGCUGGCCUCCGCCGUAGUUACUACUUACUGGUACUUCGAGACGAAAAAUCCUUGAAACCGAAGCUGAACUCGGUGGCUUCCGUUUCCAUUUCUGCUGGCUAGCACUCUUCUUCGAUCUGUAAACACAUGGAAAAAUUUGCUCAAUAGCCCAAAUAUCGGUUUUAUUUUUUU